AUGAUAACCAGGAAGCUCACCGUCGUUGUUUCGCCCCAGGCCCGCGCAUCCCAUCUCGCUCUGUGCACCAUCGGCCGUCGUGCUCUCCACACCCGAGGCCCCGCGCAGUCUGCCUACCGCCGCUCCGACUUCAGCGGCCAGGGCUUCUCCAACCUCUACGAGACUGAUCAGCCAACACGUGGCCCGCUGGGAGGCACAUCCAACGUGGGAGCAAGUCUCGUAACCCCCAAGGCGCUGAGACAGCACCUGGAUCAGUUCGUGGUCGACCAAGACCGCGCCAAGGUGGUGCUGAGUGUCGCCAUACACGAACACCACUUGCGCAUACAGGAGCUGCAGCGACAGAGAGAUGAGCAAGCCAGACUGGAGGCGCAGGCGCAGCGGAGAGCCGCAGCGUUCAGGCAUCCUGUACAAGACGACUUUCCAGGUCAGCAGGCUGCUGUACACGCCUACGAUCCUGCACAUUCGCCGUCGUAUAGCGAUCCUUCUUACACGUCGUCCUCCUUGGCGCCAGCAGAAGCCGGUCCCUCGUUAGAGACUGAUGCCGAGCCGUUGCAGAUAGACAAGUCGAACGUGCUCAUACUAGGGCCUACCGGCGUAGGCAAGACUCUGAUGUGCAAAACCCUGGCGAAGACGCUAGGCAUCCCUAUCUCCAUGUCAGACUGCACAACCUUUACCCAAGCUGGAUACAUUGGAGACGAUGUAGAGCAGUGCGUGUCUCGCCUCUUCUCUACCGCAGGUCAUGACAUCGAAGCUACAGAGCAUGGCAUCAUUGUGCUGGACGAAAUCGACAAGAUCGCCUCGGCCAAGAUGUCGCACGGGAAGGAUGUUGGAGGCGAAGGCGUACAGCAAGCUUUGCUCAAGAUCAUCGAGGGUACGACUGUCCAAGUGCGUGCCAAGCCAGAGAAGAGCGCUGGCAAGGGUUCUGGCAGCACAAGUGGUUACUCUUCCAACACCCCCCUGGACAAUCCACGAAGCCCACUCUCAGGUGGUAGUCCAGGCGGUGGCAAGGACGAAGUGUUCAACAUACGUACCGACAAUAUUCUCUUCAUAUGCACCGGCGCAUUCGCCAACCUACACAAGACCAUCUUGGACCGCAAAUCGAUGGGAGGUAUAGGGUUCGGUGCUUCCAUCCGCUCGUCGAGCUCCGAGGCAUCUGCUGAAGGGGUCAUGUUGAGAGGAGAGGAAGCGGCCCGAUUCAAAAAAGACGCUCCUUUCUUCGUCCCACCCGAGAAACCCAAUCCGUUUGGUGGUGUCCGACAGAAGAAGCCCGAAGAGCGGGUCAACGUACUUGAUCACGUACAACCAGCCGAUCUCCAGAAAUAUGGCAUGAUCCCUGAGCUGAUCGGUCGCGUCCCUACCGUCUGUGCUGUGUCUGCUCUUGACGAGGAAGCGCUGGUUCGUGUUCUCACUGAACCCAAGAACAGUCUCCUUUCGCAAGAGCAACACAAAUUCUAUCUAAGGAAUAUCGAACUGCGCUUCACUAAUGGUGCCCUGCGAGAGAUAGCGCGCAAGGCCAGCAAAAUGGGCACAGGCGCGCGUGGCUUGCGGCAUGUCGUUGACCAGCUGCUUUUGCAGGCCAAGUACGAAACGCCUGGUUCGAGUGUCAAGCACAUUUUAGUCACGCAAGACGUUGCUCUCCUGAAAACCGCUCCACUGUACUUCCACCGAGGUCAGUCGAGUGCCUUCCAAGCUGCACUGACACAGGAGGAAGAAAAAUGGGAUGAAGAGCUUCGCAGCAAAGAGGACUCAUCGGUUGGUCAUGUCCAUACAUUCGAAGAGUACAGGAAAGCUGGCGCGGCGGGACUCUAG